AUGUUAUUAAAUAUACUAAAAGCGCAAUUGAGGUUUUCCUCCACAAGGCCGAAAUUGAUAGCGCCAAGUGUUGUUGAGACCAUACCACAAAUAGCAAGAGUUCCAGAUCACACUCCUGAGAAAGCGAACCUCAGAAAAUUACUCCCACAUCGUUGCGGUGCUAUAAUACAGAAGCUUGGCAUGAUUUCGCAUUAUUGCUUGGAUACUGGUGACCGCUUUGCUGCUACUGUACUUCAGCUUGACAACGUCGAAGUUAUUGGACAUCGUACUGUAGCAGAACAUGGAUAUUCAGCAUAUCAAGUUGGCUAUGGUAAUAAAAAACCAAGUCUAGUAACAAGACAGCAAUUAGGUCACUUCGCUUCUAAAGGAGUGAAUCCAAAGGCCAAAGUUGCUGAGAUUAGAGUGAAAAACGAAACCAAUAUGCUUCCCAUUCGGACAUUGAUCAAGCCAUCAUUCUUUAAAGUGGGACAGUUCAUCGAUUUACGUGCGGUAAGUAAAGGUAAGGGUUUUGCAGGUGUUAUGAAGCGUCAUGGGUUUAAGGGUUUGAAGGCUACUCACGGUGUUUCUCGUGCUCAUAGAAAGGGUGGUUCAUACGGUCAAAACCAGACGCCAGGUAGAAUUCUACCAGGAAAGAAAAUGCCUGGUCAUAUGGGUGUUCAGCAGGUUACAGUGCAAAACUUGAAGGUGCUCAAGGUCGAUGAUGAAAAUGGGGUUAUCGUGGUGAAAGGAUGUGUUCCUGGUCCAAAAGGAUCUUACGCCAAGAUAUUUGAUGCAAGAAAGAAAGAUCCAGUCACUGAUUAA